GCUGCCGGCCGCCGCCUACGUCAUCAAUGUGACGGCCGCCAACCCAGCGGGCGUCGCCUCGCACGUGACGCUGGUCAGGACGCGCGAGUCUGUCGACGUGGGCGCCUCCUCAGUGCCAGCCGACCUGCGGCCGGGCCCCACGCUGGGCCUGCGCGUCGUGGUGCCCGUGGUCGCCUCCCUCGUCAGCCUGCUGAUGGUCGCCUCGGCCGCGUAUCUAUGCGUCCGGAAGAGGCGGCGGAAAGUGCCGCUGUACUUGGCGGAGCCGCCGGGGUACGCCGUCGGUGGCAAGGCCCCGGAGCCACCUCCGCCGCCGCCGCCGCCGCCGCCACCGCCGUCGCUGCCGGCGUCUGUUGCGGAGCCCCAGAAGCGUGAAGAUGUAUGCCCGUACGCCACGUAUUACCCGGCGUCGCGGAGCCGGGCGCCGGGGCUGACCUCAGGUCACUGUGCGUCGCUGCCGACCCCGCUGGCCGCUGACCCGAGCGUCGACAUGGAGGCCGCGUACGCCGACCCACGGCAGCACCUGCUCAGGCUGCCCCUGCACGGCCCGCCCCAGCGGCAGCGGGUGCGCAGUCUGCCGGUCAGCGAUGAGUACGACUCACCCGACUCGGACUCGGACUCGGUGGGCGUGCUGGGUCAGGGCAGGUCAGCGUCCCUGCGCAGGGCCCACCGCCACCACGCGAGAGAUCAGCGGUCGUACGGCCGAGUCCUCCAGCUCCUCCUGCCAGGCGUCACCUGA